CUUUUACAGAACCUGGGAAAGGCUGACAAGACAACAGAUGAAUUGUUUGAUACUUAUGUCAAUAACUUUAACAAGCAACAAAAUUCAGCUAAUAAACUUCACAAAGAAUUCAAAAGCUACCUGAUCACAGUUAGAGCAAUGCAAAUAUCAAGCAAAAAUCUGAUGGACACACUGAGUGAAAUGUAUGAACAGGAAUGGAUAGGACAUGAACAAGUGCCAGUACAGGCUCAGAAAUUAGAAAGUAUGGUGGAAGAUUUUUGCCAUAAAUUGAAUGAUCAGGUGACAGUACCACUUGCAACUUACAUGAACCAGUUUCCUGAUGUUCGGGCAAAAAUUGCAAAGAGAGGACGAAAGAUGGUUGACUAUGAUAGUGCUAGACAUAAUUUAGAAACUCUUUUAAAUGCUAGCAAAAAGAGGGAUGAAGUCAAAAUUACAAAGGCAAAGGAACAGUUAGAUGAAUCAAAAUCGUUGUACGAAUCUCUUAACAAGGAACUUCAUGAAGAACUUCCAGCAUUGUAUGACAGUCGCAUCCCAUUUUUGGUGUCAAAUCUACAGACUUACUUUUCUACGGAAGCAGUUUUCCAUACUGAAAAUGCCAAAGUGUUCAUCAACUUAAGUAACUUAAUGGGAGAGCUUGCAGAAGAAAACCAGAAGGGUGGCUAUUCAUCCCGUCAGCCUAACCUAAGAACUUCUCUUUCAGACUCGCCUAGCUUUGAGCACAGCGAAACAAAUGUGAGUGAAAGAAAUAACCAUGUCAUCACUAAUGGAGGAAUUGAAAUGCCAGUUACUCCUACUAAGUCCGAACUGAAUGAUUCCAUGAACGAAGAAGUAGGUGAUCAUCUAAAUUCUCCUUCAGCAGACUCAAAUAGAAAACUGGUGAACAAGAUACCAUCAGAUACUGAGAAAGAAAUUAAAGUAGAGGAUACUCAAAGAGAGAACCACACCGAGGAUGAGAAAGUGAAAACUUCAAACCAUGGUGAUGUGGAAAUUCCACGUGGAGCAAGUACAACCAAUCUUCCACCUGGGGUUUAUUACAGGGUGCAAGCUACUUAUAAAUAUACUGCCGAAGAUGUUGAUGAACUUUCAUUCGAAGCUAAUGAACUUAUCAACGUUGUUGCUUACGAUGACCCAGAAGAGCAAGAAGAAGGCUGGCUUAUGGGCAUCAGAGAGACUACAAUGGAGAAAGGAAUCUUUCCUGCUAACUUCACAAGGCCGGUUUGAAAGUUUUUAAUGCAAACAGAUGAAAUUCUUCCUUUCCAACACUGUUGUCUUCUGUCAUAUAUACAUACAAAACAUUUGAAGACUGACCACCCAGUCCAUCACAGUUAAAGGCGUGUAACUUGCAUGUUCUUGACUUAUUUUAUAUAUGAAACUAUUUACCAUUUAUUUAUGGUAUGUCUUAGUUUGAGUUUUCUAUUUUAUAAACGAUGGUGUGUGUAGUAUGGUGAAUGUUGUUUUUUUUGCCAUGAAGUUGCUUUUAUUGAUAAUAUGCUUAGCCUUUAAAUGGCUCUUAGUAGUUUAAUGUUCACAUUGAUAUAUCCACGAGGGUGCCGAAACUGGUGGGACAAAUUCUCCAGCAUUAAUUUCUCCGGAAAAGUUUAAAGUUUGUUUUGAAUAUAUGUUUUUCUUAACAGUGUUAUGCCUCAUCAAUAUUAUCUGAUGGUCAAGUAUUGCCAAUGUGAGAUUAAUUUUAAGCCAAGCAAUAGUGUUGCUACUGGUUCUUACUAAUCUGUGUGUUGUGCAUUGUAGAUCAAAUAUUACAUACACAGCUAUGAACUUACUAGACCUACAAAUUGUAUAAACUGAAAUGGGUAUAGUACUUAUAUAUAAGUAAAUAACAUAAACUAUUUCCUUACCUUGAUGCAUUUUCAUUGGUCGGUAGUAAUUUGCUGCUAAAUACUUGUAAUCUUGCAUCUUGUCAUAGUUUAUUUUUAUGCCAUGUUUAGUGGCACUUGUAUCACAAUUGGUAAUUGAUAGUGAGCAUGCAAUGUGAAACAUGUAUUUUAGAAAUAUUAAAAUAGGACUACCAAAUUUUAUGUUGUGGUAACCCUUUCAUCCCUCCCAAAUUAUUGAAAAGUUUUCUUACCUUGUCAUUUAUGUCAAGAGAAGUUUCCAUUUUAUUAUGGUUCCUUGCCCAAACAAUGUAAAUUUGCUUCCUGCACCUUUGGAUAUGUAUUAGAGGAACAAAAUUGGCCAUAGAAACAACGAAGAAGAAUUACUUUCUUUAAAAAUAAUAAAUGUGAUAAAUAACUAACAAAUUAAAGUAUCUAUGCAUUAUCUGUUCAGUUGAGUGUGGUGAAAAUGGACUGUUCUGUGUUAAACAAAUAUUGUUGGAUGUAUGUUGUAUUUAUCAUUCUAGUAAAAAAUUGUUGAUUUGCUUGAAAUACUUCAUACAUAUGAGGAAAAAGUGACAGAUUUGGAGCUGAUUUUAUGAACUCCUCUAGAUCUUUAUUCUUGUUGAUUAACAAUCAUUUAUUAAAUGUUUGGGGCAGUCUUCCAUCCAAAUAUUUGAUGUCUGGAGAAAUGCUUUCAUAGACUUAAAGAAGUCUACUAUAUGUGAAUAACCACAUUUUUUUAUGAUAUAAUAUUAAGAAAUAUAUCUAUUUGUUAUGGUUUCUCUUAAUUGAAUCAUCUACUGUAACCAUAACCUUUUUUUCUAAUGGUAAGUAUCUGUUAUUAGUGGAAUAUUUGUCAUGGUAAAGAAAUGAUACAAGUUAGGAAAAAUCACUCCUUGCUAAAAAAAAAUAUGCUCUUUGCCAUCCUAAAAAAUAGUUUAGUGGUUAAGUGUGAAUGGUCAGCAUUUUUCUAAAAUCAAAUAAAUAAUUAAAACAGAAUAUUUCACUGUCGACAGCAUCCACUUAGAACACGCACUACGUGUUUUGAAGUGUCCAUCUUCAUCAAAACUUACAAGACUUUGAGAAAAGUAAUAUAAUUUUGUACAUGAAGGAAGAUUUUUGAAACGUUCCAAAUAAGUCAUUGCACUGAAACAGAAAAUAAGUUUUAUAUUCCCAUUUCUAUUCGACAUCUGUUUGGUUCAUGUAUUCAGCAAAGUUUUAAAGUGUGAUCAGUAACGAGUAGAGAAUCUUGAUAAAAGAGAGAACACAGUGUUUGUGUUCUCAACUAAAAUGUAAAUCAAGUAAUUUCCGAGAUAUUAAUUUAUGAGCUUAUAUAUGUCUUUCAUCUUACCAACGUAAUUGUAAAACAAUGAAGGUUACGUGCAUUUCCUGUUGUGUAUAUCCAUUCCUGAUAUUGAUAGGAUGUGCUGUUAUGGCCUGGGCAGCUAUGUAGUUCAAAUGUAGACUCCAAAUGAACAUUUUUCUUAAAUCUUGCAAGUCUCCAAUUAUAUUAUGGAUUUGUAUAUCUAUGGGUACAGCAAAUUUGGUUUGGAAUAAAUCAAAUCUAAAGUGGUUAUAGGUGAGAACGAAUGGAGUUUAAUCUUCUAGGUCGGUUUGAUGAAAACGAAAAGUCAUUAUCUCUGAUCAGGAUCUUGUACAAUGGAAUUUUUGCUUUGUUUUAGCUAAACAAAAUCCACGUGUACUUCUUCCAGGAGAUCUUUAGUUACUUUCUUUGUUCUAACUGGUCAAAAAGCCAUCACAGACUUCUCACAAGAAUUGUCCAGACAGUUCUUGGAUGAUGACAAGAGUAUAUUUCUUGUGCAUUUCUUCCCUUCUAUCUGGAAGUAGUAACAUCUUUUAGAAUAGUACUACAUUGUUGUGUAAAUAGUUAGAGAAGUCAAAUACAAAACACUAACAAAGAACUGGAAUUACAAAUUCUGGUGAAAAAUGUAUCAUUACUAAUUCCGUCCAGUGUGUUGUUUAAUCCCUCCAUACUUGUUAAUUUUCAAAUCAUAUGGUGGACAAAAUUAUUAACUGUUUUGUUUUGUGCAUAUAGGGGUAGAAUGUUACAUUUAUUGUAAUUUUUUUCCCAUUAAAACAGGUUAUAUAGUUAUUCAUAGAAAAUUUGAAUGUCCUCAGUUAUAUUUAUUUGAAACCUGUGUAAAUAUAAAUAACUUGGGGUAAAAUUUAAUAUACAUAUUUAGUAAUACCUUUGCUAAUAUAUAUAUAUAUAUAUUUUUUUUUUUUUGAUCCAGAUGUUUAUUUUUUAUGCCCUAGUUCUUUGUUGAUACAAAAAAGCUUCAAGUAGAGGGUAACUUCGUCAAGUAAAAUAUAUUAAAGUAUAUGUGUACAUUUACUUGCACCAAUAUUUGAGUUUUAGAUUGAGUUUAAGCAACCAGAAUGUUCAUUUCCUUCAUAAAUGUUGGUAAACAGAAAGACUUUAAAAUAAUAUUUCAAAUCUUUAUGCUUUCUUUUUAUCAUUGGGAAAGUUCUAAUUAUCAACACAUUGGAACUUUGGGAAUUUUUUUUGUUGUUGUUUAAAUCUUGAAUAUUAAAUUUAUAUUAUCUUAUGUGGUAAACUAAAAUACUCAUUGGUAUAUCAAGUUUCUGCUGUGCAGAUUUAAAAUUAUGGUUCAUUUUGACAUGUCUGUGAUUGUUGUGAAGCGAUAACAAAAUCCCCAUAAGGUGUAAAGAAUAUGUUAUCUAUACUUGUUAAAAAGACAACAUUUUUUAAAGAUCACAUGAUGUUAUAACAGCCAUAGAGAGUUCACUUGAAAUCAAAAAGUAACCACUACUUCUACUAAACCUGCUAAAUAGAACUUCUGAUAAACUGGUGAAAAUAAAUAUUUAUAAAAUUGUGUCGGGAGUUGGCAAAAAAACGUUUCUGUUGAUCACUUCUUUUAUGUUUCAGUACUUCACAAAUGUCAUCAUUAUUUGUAUCUACAUUUACAGAACCACUACAGAGGUUUGUGUGUCUGAGAAACAAAUAAAAUACUGGGGUAAAGGUUGUUCAUAUAGUAAUUAUUUCCUUUUUAUUUUAAGGUUAUUCAAAGAAUAACUGAAAUAGUUAGUUUUGGAAAGUUGAUGUAUUUGUUGUUCGAGUGUUAAACAAGUGUAGCUGACCAACAUUACAAGAUAUUGAAUACUAAACAGUUGGGAUGGAGACAUUUGGAUGUGUAUAUAUUUUGUAAUCAUUAACAUUCUUCAGAUAUGGAGUGUUUUUUAACAUCUCAUCAGUUGAACUGAUUUCUUAGAAGACUGAAUUAGUGGUAGCUUAUUUGAAAAGCUGUAUAGUUAAGUUAAUGGGACAAUUAACAAAUCAAUUUGAAAAAAGGAAAUCUUUUUGUGAUUUUCUUGGGCAAAUACUUGUCUCACAAAUAAAAGAGAAAUAGAAAAUGGUUACUAAACAUUAAAAAAAAUUAACUGAAUGUGACUUUAUUUUUAUGGAUUUAAUACAAAUUUUGCCCUGCCUUGUUACCAUAUUUGUUUUUGUGACAUAUAUUAAACAAUUUAUUAAUAAAUUCAUGAUUGCCUGUAUUGUAAAUUCUUAGACGUUGAGCACAUUCAUUUUGAUAAUUCAGCUUUAUUUAAUACACUUAUGAUUAUUCCUGAUUCAAAAGUUUCACCAAAAUAUGUCUUAAUGGUCUGGGAAUUAGUGAGUAUGAAGUAAAUUAAGAUAUUUCCUUGUUCACACCCACUAUUGACAUCACGUUAGGGUUAGUACCUUAAAUGUUUAAUGAUUUGAACUUGAUGGUUUACA